CUCCCAUACUUGUUCUUCUUCCUCUUCUCUUCUGCUUUCCUCUGUAACUUCUCCUCGGUAUUCGUGUCGGUCUCUUCCCUCUACUACACAUAUCCCCAGAGACACGGAGAGAUAGAGAGAGGGAGAGACAAUGGCCGCGUCCAGGAAAUGUGUCGGGCUAUGCUCACUGGUGCUGGUAAUGAUGUUGUUCGUUGGGGCAAUGACGACGGUAAGGACUGACCAGAUCCCAGAAACCAGCAAUGGAGGGACAGAACAAUUGCAGAGCUCAAGCAACAACUCGUCAAUGGUGGCGAGUUCGGACAUAGAGGUGGAGGGACUCAACGAGCAUGCAGUGGAUAAUCCAGACGAGAUUGCUUCCAUGGUCGACAUGAGCAUCCGCAAUAGCACUGAGAGAAGGAAGCUGGGCUUCUUCUCAUGCGGAACCGGCAAUCCCAUUGAUGACUGCUGGCGCUGUGACCCCAACUGGCAUCGUAACCGCAAGCGCCUUGCAGACUGUGGCAUUGGAUUUGGAAGAAAUGCGAUUGGUGGCCGUGAUGGCCGCUUCUAUGUGGUCACCGACUCCAGCGACAAUGACCCUGUCAACCCCAAGCCUGGCACUUUGCGCCAUGCUGUUAUCCAGGACAAGCCUCUCUGGAUUGUGUUCAAGCGUGACAUGGUUAUAAAAUUGAAGCAGGAGCUCAUAAUGAACAGCUUCAAGACCAUUGAUGCCCGUGGGGUCAAUGUCCACAUUGCUAAUGGAGGAUGCAUCACGAUCCAGUAUAUUACUAAUGUUAUCAUUCAUGGUCUGCACAUCCAUGACUGCAAGCCAACUGGCAAUGCCAUGGUGAGGAGCUCCCCAAGUCACUUUGGGUGGAGGACAAUGGCUGAUGGCGAUGCCAUUUCCAUUUUUGGCUCGAGUCACGUAUGGGUUGAUCACAAUUCCCUCUCCAAUUGUGCCGAUGGCCUUGUUGACGCUGUCAUGGGCUCAACUGCAAUUACCAUUUCCAACAACCACUUUACCCACCACAAUGAGGUGAUGCUGUUGGGCCAUAGCGACUCUUACACGAAAGACACGCAGAUGCAAGUGACCAUUGCCUACAACCAUUUUGGAGAGGGACUUAUCCAGAGAAUGCCAAGGUGUAGACACGGAUACUUCCAUGUUGUGAACAAUGACUACACUCACUGGGAGAUGUAUGCCAUUGGUGGAAGUGCUGAACCCACCAUCAAUAGCCAGGGUAACAGAUAUGCUGCACCAACCAAUCCCUUUGCAAAAGAGGUGACAAAGAGGGUGGAGACAGCUCAAACCAAGUGGAAGAACUGGAAUUGGAGAUCAGAAGGGGAUUUGUUGUUGAAUGGUGCCUAUUUCACUCCAUCAGGAGCUGGAGCUUCAGCCAGCUAUGCCAAGGCCUCAAGCUUGGGUGCCAAGUCCUCUUCUAUGGUCGGCUCUAUAACAUCUGGUGCCGGUCCACUUGGCUGCCGCAGAGGCCACCAGUGCUAGUGUCAUCCAUCCCAAGUCAAUUAAAUUGGCCGAAGAACAGGCCACUAGAGAGUCAUCGGCCUCUUCGUUUGAUUUUUCAAUAUUACUAUAUUACAGCAAGAAUCCAAUAUCCACAUUACAUCCAUUGUUUCAUCAUCUCCCUGUUUCACAUAUUUUGACAAGUGUACAUUUUUUACACAUGUCAUUAUAUUGUUGCAACCUUGUCCCACAUUCCAGUUUGUUGAUCCCUCUGUUACUUCUCAACCUCGGCCUGCUUCAACUUGAUGAAAGAAACCCUAUUUUUAGGAGCUGGUGCAGAAGCGUUGUUCUUAUUUGUUUUCUUUCUUGCCCCUCUCAGCCUUCUAACCACCAUUGGUCCUCCCAUCUGUGUCAAUCUUGGUCCCCCCACAAACUGUUGUCUCUUGGGUUUAUAGCAUUCUUUGAAUGCUUUGAGUUACUCUUCGUGUCUUUUUUUUUUUUUUUUUUGUACUUUGCUAUUUUUUUUCUUUUCUCGAUGUGUUUUUUUUUUUUUUGUCUAGUAAUACGAGCAAAAAGUAUGAAUGUCAAACUGGAAUUACCAAAAGACUUUUGUUACAGAUGA